UAAGCUAAUUGCAACAAGUGAAUGAUCUGAGAAAAACAGUCAGACUCGUACUAUGUCCUUUACUCCUUUAUGAACAAAAGGUGAUUCACACCAUACAAACACACCUCUUUUGCACACGUCUCGAGACAGGAAACGCUCAGUUGAGAGAAACUGAAACUUAAGUGUUGUUCAGCUGUUGUCUGGCUGUAUCCUGUGUUGAAAUGGCAGAAGCCAGUAUUUCAGUGGCUGAAGAAGAUCAGUUCAGCUGUUCAAUCUGCCUGGAUCCACUGAAGGAUCCAGUGACGAUCCCCUGUGGACACAGUUACUGUAUGAUCUGCAUUACAGACUGCUGGAAUAAAGAUGAUCAGAAGAGAGUUUCCAGCUGCCCUCAGUGCAGACAGACCUUCACUCCAAGACCUGUUUUAAACAAGAAUGUGAUGCUGGCUGAAAUGGUGGAAACACUUAUGAAGACAAAAGUUCAAACACCUCGUCCUGCUCUCAGUUAUGCUGGACCUGGAGAUGUGCAGUGUGACGUCUGCACUGGAAGGAAACGCAAAGCUGUAAAGUCCUGUCUGAUGUGUCUCGAAUCAUACUGUCAAAGUCACUUUGAGUGUCAUGAAGAAUUUCGUUCAAGGAAACGACACAAAGUGACUGAUGCCACUGGACGACUGCAGGACAUGAUCUGUCCUCAACAUGAAAGACUGAUGGAGGUUUACUGUCGUACUGACCAGUGCUGUAUUUGUUUGAUGUGUGUGGUGGAUGACCACAAAAAUCACGAUACUGUUUCAACUAAAGCAGAGAGAAAGGAGAAACAGAAACGGGUUGAAGAGACAGUAAUAAUAUUCCAGAAGAGAAUUCAGGAGAGGCAAACAAAGCUCCAGGAGCUCAGAGAGUCUGUGCAGACUCACAGGCGCUCUGCACAGGCUGCUGUGCAGGACAGUGAGAAGAUCUUUACUGAACUGAUCCGCUCCAUUAAGAAACGCCGAUCUGAGGUGACACGGAUGAUCAGAGAUCAGGAAAAGGAUGCAGUGAGUCGAGCUGAAGGACUCUUGAAGCGACUGGAGCAGGAGAUUGAUGAUCUGAGGAGGAGAGAAGCUGAGCUGAAGCAGCUUUCACACACUGAUGAUCACAUUCAUUUCCUACAGAGAUUCCAGUCUGUUUCCGGCCCUCCUGCAUCUACAGACUGCACCACUGUCCGUUCUGUCUGGACUUAUGAUGAUGCAAGAAGAUCUGUAUCUCUGUUAAGAAGUACAUUUGAGAAUUUCUGCAAAGAGGAGAUGGAGAAGUUAUCUGUGAAACACAUCAAAAUGACUGAACCCAGAACCAGGGAGGACUUCUUACACUAUUCACAACAGUUAACUCUGGAUUCUGAGUCAGUGCAUAAACGUCUCUGUCUGUCUGAGGAAAACACAAUGGCUACUUGUGCUGACACAAUCCAACUGUAUCCUAAUCAUCCGGACAGAUUUGAUGUUUGGCCUCAGGUGUUGUGUAGAGAGAGUGUGUGUGGACGAUGUUACUGGGAGGUGGAGUGGAGUGGUGCUGUGGGACUAUCAGUGUCAUAUAAGAGCAUCAGCAGGAAAGGACAGGGUGAUGAGUGUAAAUUUGGAAGUAAUAAUCAGUCCUGGAGAUUAUUUUGCACUAGCUCUGGGUACAUAUAUAGUCACAAUAACAACAAAUCUGGACACCCUGUAGUCUACAGCUCCUCUAGAAUAGGAGUGUAUGUGGAUCACAGUGCAGGAAUUCUGUCCUUUUACAGCGUCUCUGACACAAUGACCCUCAUCCACAAAGUCCAGACCGUAUUCACUCAGCCGCUCUAUCCAGGGUUUGGGGUCAAUCAGGAAUCAUCAGUAAAACUGUGCCAUCGAGAAGUAUAGAUAAUAUAUAAAAUGAUCACAAUCAUAUGGCAGUUAGUCUCUUAUCGGGUCAGUUAAUUUGAUUGUAGUGUACAUAUUAAUUUGUAUGUAAAAAAAUAAUGACAAUACAUUAUAUCAGUACCUGCCAUAUUAUUUUGCAGUUUUAUUUUAACAUUAAAUAUCACAAGUAACUGAAAUUCUCCAUUUCACUUUAGCUUUAUUAAAAUUUUAAAUCAUUAUAGGCUACUUUUCCGAUUGAUAGAUUACUUUACUACAUUGUUCUUAGACAAUACAUAAUCAAAAACAAUUAUCGAUUUCUCAAUUGUCUAAAAUUAUCAGGCACUGUACCUGCACUGUGACAUUUUGCAUUUUGACAUUAGGCUACAUGAACAAAAUUAAAUCUAUAUUAUUUUGAACUGUUAUGGCUAUAUCGUUUGACCACUCAGGAUCCAAACAUGGCGAAUAAAAAACUCAGCAUUUCUAGGACAAACAGUGGCUACUCGCAAGCACACAGUCCAUGCAUCCCGAUCAUCUGGACAGAUUUGAUGUUUUUUACUCAGGUGUUGUGUAGAGAGUGUGUGGAGUGGAGUGGGUAUAUCAGUGUAAUAUAGAUCAUCAGCAGGAACAGAAGGGACGGGGUGAUGAUCAUUAGAUGUAAUGAUCAGUACUGGAUAUUGUUCUGCUCUUGCUCCAAAUAUUUUCAUCGCUUGAGUUUGCCUGCAACUUUGGAAGCAAUUUAUUCUUAAAAAAGUAAUGGAGUUCACACAUUUAAU